AUUAAAGAAAGACUACGAGAGAAGUUCAUGUCCAUGCAAGCCAAUGGCCUGACGAAUCAGCAGAGGAGAUUACUCGAGCACGUAUCAGAGUAUCGGGAUGUGGUGUGCGCAGAGCGUAACCAUAGCAACGAGAGCGAGUUAGUAGACGUUUACGCACUGCACGCUCUUAACCACACAUUCAAAACGAGAGACAAGAUCAUUAAGAACAACGAACGGCUGAGGUAA